CCGCCGCCGCUCCCCGCCGCCGCCGCCGCCGCGCUGCAGGACUGGCUAUGGCCACCGCCACUUCCGGGUUCCGUCACUUCAUUCUCCCGCCGAUCAGCGCCGCAAAACUGAGCCUCUUCUAUAAGGCAGCCAGCAGCCAACCUGCCAACACUUACUGACACUCACUCAUCCCAGAGAGAGGGAGAGGGAGACAAAACACCUACCGGGGGAAAAAAAAAGGAGCAGAGAGGGGGAAGUCCGGGCUUUGCAAACUAUUCAAUUUUUCUUCGCAUCUUCCCCCACCCCCCUUCACAGUACUUAAAAAAAAAACCCUAUAGCGAUCCUAAAAGGCAAAACCCAAGCGCGGAGUUACUGGAAGAAGAAACCGGGGUUAAAAAGAUUCCUCCUCUCUUCUUCAUCAUCAUCAACCAUCAUUCAUUCACUACCUUGACAUUCCCUGGCUUUGAUUGACAGCUGGAGUGGCAAAAAGCCAUGAGACACGACAGUUUGGUUACAUGUGGGUUGCUGACGGGCCGAUCGUAACCUUCAGUUUGGGGGCUUGACAAUUUUUUUUUUUUUUUUGCGUAGAGAAAGAAAAAAGGAAAAAGAGAGAGAGAAAGAGAAAAAGGAAAGAGAGAAAGAGAGAGAAAAAAGAAGAAAUACACAGAAACUCAUCGUGGUUCUUGACUGUUUUUUAUAUAUUAUUGUUGUUGUUGUUGUUGUUGUUGUUAUUAUUAUUAUUUACCCAUAUUGGAGGAUAGGAGAAGUCUAUAAGUGGGUUGCAAAAAAAAAAAAAAAGGAAUCUUCUUCACUCUAAAUCACUUUCUUUGCUGGACUGGGAUAUUAAAUAUACGACAUAUCCAGGAGUUUAUUGGAGCGCAGACUGAUGGCGCAAAGGUACGAUGAGCUGCCCCACUACGGCGGGAUGGACGGAGUAGGGGUGCCGGCGUCCAUGUACGGGGACCCCCACGCGCCGCGGCCGAUCCCCCCCGUGCACCACCUCAACCACGGGCCGCCGCUCCACGCCGGCCAGCACUACGGCGCCCACGCCCCGCACCCCAAUGUCAUGCCGGCCAGCAUGGGCUCCGCUGUCAACGACGCCCUGAAGCGGGACAAGGAUGCGAUCUACGGGCACCCGUUGUUCCCCCUCUUAGCUCUGGUCUUUGAGAAGUGCGAGCUGGCGACCUGCACGCCCCGGGAGCCCGGCGUGGCCGGCGGGGACGUCUGCUCCUCCGACUCCUUCAACGAGGACAUCGCCGUCUUCGCCAAGCAGGUCCGCGCCGAAAAACCACUUUUCUCUUCAAACCCCGAGCUGGACAAUUUGAUGAUCCAAGCAAUACAAGUACUAAGGUUUCACCUUUUGGAAUUAGAAAAGGUUCAUGAGUUGUGCGAUAACUUCUGCCAUCGGUACAUUAGUUGUUUGAAAGGAAAAAUGCCAAUAGACCUCGUUAUUGAUGAAAGGGAUGGCAGCUCCAAAUCAGAUCACGAAGAACUCUCAGGAUCUUCCACAAAUUUAGCCGACCAUAAUCCUUCAUCUUGGAGAGACCACGAUGAUGCAACCUCAACGCACUCGGCAGGCACACCGGGGCCCUCCAGUGGGGGCCAUGCUUCCCAGAGCGGAGACAACAGCAGCGAGCAAGACUGCCAGCCAAAUGAACACUUUAGGAGGAGGUGCAUAUAUAUGUCCGCAGCACCCAGCGGGUUAAUCCACCCUACUGUGCAUAGGUGUUGGAGCUCUUAUGGAGAUGGUUUAGACAACAGUGUAGCCUCACCUGGUACAGGGGAUGAUGAUGACCCAGACAAGGACAAAAAACGUCAGAAGAAAAGAGGCAUUUUCCCCAAAGUAGCAACAAAUAUCAUGAGAGCGUGGCUUUUCCAGCAUCUCACACAUCCAUAUCCUUCAGAGGAGCAGAAGAAACAGUUAGCCCAAGACACAGGACUUACAAUCCUACAAGUAAACAACUGGUUUAUUAAUGCCAGAAGAAGAAUAGUACAGCCUAUGAUUGACCAGUCAAAUCGAGCAGGUUUUCUUCUUGAUCCUUCAGUGAGCCAAGGAGCAGCGUAUAGUCCAGAGGGUCAGCCGAUGGGAAGCUUUGUAUUGGAUGGUCAGCAGCACAUGGGAAUCCGGCCCGCAGGUUUGCAAGGCAUGCCAGGGGACUACGUAUCUCAGGGUGGUCCUAUGGGUAUGAGUAUGGCACAGCCAAGUUACACUCCUCCCCAGAUGACCCCACACCCUACUCAGUUAAGACAUGGACCCCCAAUCCAUUCAUAUUUGCCAAGUCACCCCCAUCACCCAGCCAUGAUGAUGCACGGAGGACCCCCUACCCACCCUGGAAUGACCAUGUCAGCACAGAGCCCCACAAUGUUAAAUUCUGUAGACCCCAGUGUUGGUGGACAGGUUAUGGACAUUCAUGCCCAAUAGUAUAAGGGAACUCAAGGGAAAAACAAAAACAAAACAAAAACUAUUUUAAGACUUUUGAACUUUGACCAGAUAUUGACACUUAAUACGAAAUUCCAGACAGCUGUGAUUAUUUUUUACUUUUUGUCAUUUUUCAUCAACAACAGAGGACCAACGAAACAAGAACACAAAUGUGAAAUCAUGGGCUCACUGAAAUGAUUAUGUCCAUGUACAGAUCCUCUGGAAAAAAAAAAGACUCCAAGAGUUAUAACUACUGUAGUAUAAACAUAGGAACUAAGUUAACUUGUACAUUUCUGUUGAUCACUCCGUUACGUUGCCUCAAAUAGUUUUAGAAGAAAAAAAAUCCUUGUUUUCCACACUAUGUGUGUUGUUCCCAAAAGAAUGACUGUUUUGGUUCAGCAGUGAAGUCACUAUCCAUGAAAGACCUGUUUUGGCCAGUGAGAAAAGAACUACCCUGGAGAUGAAGAUGAAAAGUCUUACUGGGUCUCUCAUCACUCAGAAGACUCUUCCAAGAAGGCCUUGCCAUCCCCUGGUUUUGUUCCUUCAUAAAAUGUGUCCUUUAGUUUCAAACAGAUCUCUAUAGUUUGUGCUUCAUUAAGUCUCUCCCCAUUCCUCCCCCAUCUAUUUUUUUGGACUCUUCUUCAAAGAGCUCGCAGGUGAAGAUUUAAAAGACAGAACAGAGAGAGCAGGAGCUUCUUCCAGUAGUUCUGAGCCUUGGCUUUGGACAAAACAAAACUAAAAGUUGGGCAGCUUUCCUCAAUGAAAGAAGUUAUUAAUGGUCUUUGCACCAAACCUAGAACUUUAUCAUGAACUCAAAGCUUGGGAAAAAAAAGCAAGAGAAUACUGUAACAAACUUCGUACAGAGUUUGGUCUAUUAAUUGUUUCAUGUUAGAUAUUCUAUGUGUUUACCUCAAUUGAAAAAAAAAGAAUGUUUUUGCUAGUAUCAGAUCUGCUGUGGAAUUGGUAUUGUAUGUCCAUGAAUUCUUCCUUUCUCAGCACGUGUUCCUCACUAGAAGAAAAUGCUGUUACCUUUAAGCUUUGUCAAAAUUUACAUUAAAAUACUUGUAUGAGGACUGUGACGUUAUGUUUUAAAAAAAAAAGGUGUUAAGUCACAAAAUGCGGUAAUAAAUAUUUCAUUUUUGAUUUUU